AGAGAGUGAUCAUAUACUGUUGCGUGAUGUUUAUAAAGAGUGGCUUGAAGCUGGGAAGUUGCAGAGAGUAGUGUUGGUGAUAAUGAGCAAAGCUACUGGUGAAGUCUUGGAGAGGUGGAACUUCCAUAUUGAUACUGAUUCUAAAGUUGUUGAGAAAGG